CUUGUCAUAUUCAGUCCAGCUACUGCGGUCUGACAUUGACUGCCUGAUCCUCUCCCGUCCUAUGCAUUUAUUUGACUGUCAAGAAUCACUUUAUGGGUGUUUCUCUUUUUUAUUUUCUCUCUCACUCUUUCCCUCUGAUGACUCAUAUGUCUAGGAUGAUUUAAGUUUACGGACUGCAUCUUGCCUUGCCACAAAAAGCACAAACCCGACUUACCAACUAUUACUGUCCAUCCGAAACCGCCUCGAGGCUCGACCUUGCUCUCAGUCGUGCCUGGGUAGCUCAACAUCAGCCUCGACAACAUCCCCUCGAGCGUCGGACCUAAUCGUCAUAUUCAUCAUCGUGUCGCAUAAUUGCGCUUCGGUUACAGCUCUAUACGUUUUACUCCUUCUGGGCAAAUCGACCUUUAUCGACUCUGACGACAUCGCGUCGAACCCCUCGAGACUGACCCCGCCUCCAUCACCAGCACCUCCGUUGAACCGCCAUCCAUCUUCGCUUUUUAGCCCACCAUGGCCGCAAAGAUGGGUGCCCCGAGUCAAAUGCCCCCGAUACCUAACAGAGAGGAUAUUGGGGCAACGUGAGUAGCCUUGUGCAUGUUUAGACUAUCAAGACUGACUCGAACAGAUGGACCUAUCUACAAGCUGGUAUCUCACGCGUCAUGAACGAUCUCGAGCAGGGUAUCGACAUGCAAAUGUACAUGGGCGUCUACACCGCUGUCCAUAAUUUCUGUACAUCCCAAAAAGCAGUUGGCAUGACUGGCCCUGCUAUGCACAGUAACCACAGAGGCGCACAUCUGCUAGGGGAAGAACUCUACAACAAGCUCAUUGAUUACCUCCAGCAUCAUCUCGAUAGCCUUGUGAAUGAAAGCAAGGCCCACACCGACGAGGCGCUGCUCGCUUUCUAUAUCAAAGAAUGGGGGCGUUACACAGUUGCCGCCAAAUAUAUCCACCAUCUCUUUCGCUAUCUCAAUAGACAUUGGGUCAAGCGAGAAAUUGAUGAGGGGAAGAAGAAUAUCUACGAUGUCUACACACUGCAUCUUGUGCAAUGGAGGAAGGAGCUAUUCGAAAAGGUCAGUGAUAAGGUUAUGGAUGCGGUGCUUAAGCUUGUGGAGAAGCAAAGGAACGGCGAGACCAUCGAACACGGCCAAAUCAAGCAAGUCGUGGAUUCCUUUGUCUCUCUGGGACUGGAUGAAGCAGACCCCUCCAAGUCAACCCUUGAUGUCUACCGCUAUCAUUUCGAGCGUCCUUUCCUCAUUGCUACCAAAGAGUUUUACGUGGCAGAGUCUAAGCAAUUUGUUGCCGAGAACAGCGUCGUGGAAUACAUGAAGAAGGCGGAGGCUCGCCUGUCUGAGGAGGAGGAGCGCGUUCGCAUGUACCUGCAUCAAGACAUCGCCAUUCCUCUUAAGAAGACUUGCAAUCAAGCUCUUAUCGCCGAUCACUCCAGUCUUCUUCGGGAAGAGUUCCAGGUGCUUCUGGAUAACGACCGUGAAGAGGAUAUGGCACGAAUGUACAACCUUCUUUCGAGAAUCCCCGACGGCCUCGAACCGCUUAGAGCCCGUUUUGAGACACACGUGAGAAAGGCCGGUCUCGCUGCUGUGCAGAAGGUCCAAUCGUCAGAGGGCGAUAAGCUUGAACCAAAGGUUUACGUCGACGCUCUGCUCGAAAUUCACACCCAGUACCAAGGCCUUGUGAAGAGAGCUUUCAAUGAUGAGCCAGAGUUUACACGUUCUCUUGAUAACGCCUGCAGGGAGUUUGUCAAUCGGAACGAAGUUUGCAAGGCUGGAUCCAACAAAUCGCCCGAACUUCUAGCUAAAUACACUGAUGUCCUGCUCAGAAAGAGCAGCACCAGUAUUGAAGAGGCAGAAUUGGAACGUACUCUGAGUCAGAUCAUGACAGUUUUUAAGUACAUUGAGGACAAGGAUGUCUUCCAGAAGUUCUAUUCGCGGAUGCUGGCCCGGCGUUUGGUGCAUAGCAACUCCUCUUCAGAUGACGCUGAGACUAGCAUGAUCAGCAAACUAAAAGAGGCGUGCGGUUUCGAAUACACGAACAAACUUCAGCGUAUGUUCCAGGAUAUGCAAAUUUCUAAGGACUUGAAUAAAGAUUUCCGCGAGCAUCUUGAAGGCGUCGAAUACACCAAGGCCGUUGAUUCAACUUUCUCGAUUCUGGGAACUGGAUUCUGGCCAUUGACGGCACCGAGCACUGACUUCAACCCGCCUCCCGAGAUUGCGGCCGAGAUCGAGCGCUUUAUCCGCUUCUACAAGCAUAAGCAUGACGGGCGUAAGCUCACGUGGUUGUGGCAUCUUUGCAAGGGCGAGAUCAAAGCUGGCUAUUGCAAGGCCAGCAAGACUCCGUACACCUUCCAGGUCUCGAUUUACCAGAUGGCCAUUCUCCUCCUUUUCAACGAGAAGGACACUUACAGCUACGAGGAUAUGCUCAGUGCCACUCAACUGAGCAAGGAAGUUUUGGACCAGGCCCUCGCUGUUAUUCUGAAGGCCAAGGUACUCAUCAUGUCUGGCGCGGCCGGUGAGAAGCCAGGAGCCGGUAAAUCCUUCAAAUUAAACUACGACUUCAAGAGCAAAAAGAUCAGGGUGAACUUGAACCUCGGUGGUGUGAAGGAGGCGAAGCAGGAGGAGGCCGAGACAAACAAGACAAUUGAGGAAGACCGAAAACUGGUCCUCCAAUCUGCCAUCGUCCGAAUCAUGAAGGCUCGUAAGAAGAUGAAACACACCCAGCUCGUAAGCGAGACCAUCAACCAAAUCCGCUCGCGAUUUGUUCCAAAGGUCGGCGAUAUCAAGAAAUGCAUUGAAAUCCUACUAGACAAGGAGUAUCUGGAGCGUUUGGAAGACGACGAGCUAGGUUACCUAGCUUAAACCUUUAGCUAAGUGGUAUUGGCUCGAGGUCAAGUCGGAGAGCUUCAUCCCAGCCUCCGCAUAUCGCGAUUAUCAAGCCCGAUUUAUUAUGUAUUUCCCGGGGGCAUAGAUAUCCGGGGCUUUCGGCGGUUAUGAGCGUCUCUACUUUCUUAAUUCCUUCGGCGUGGUAAGAGAGUCUGACGGGCAGACAUGAUGAGAAAUGGGGCUUGGUAAACAAUAGAUGAUCAGCAAUUUGAGCAUGUGGCUACCUCUCCCUCGACCCUCCCUAAGUUUCUUUCUACGUGUUCAUUCACUUAUUUAUUCUCUAUGUUUUGGGUCUUGAUGAUUUGGUACCUUGGGCGGGGAGAAAGUUGUUUGCAAAGGAAGAAUCAGUUGGCUUGGGAUCAGGGACUGGCUGCAAAAAGGGCUCUGUAGAAAUGGACUGCUGAAAGAAAUAAAAAGGUCUCAGCGGACAAGUUAUAAAAACAGUGCAUGUAAAGGACUUAUUUAAAGUGAAACUAUUAGCCAUUUCGAUCUUUCUAUACUGUAAUAUUGCAUGGCUCGUUCAAUAU